ACGUGUCACAUCAAAGCAACAACAAUCGCAGAGACAAACUAACUAACGACCCCUCUGGUAUUCUUUAAGGAAAAGCAAAGAGCAUUAUCAAAUUCCCUUGGGAGACAACAAGGAGGCAAAGAGGCUCUCCUCUUCCUCCUCUGAUCUUCCUUGUGCUGGAUGCAGUGAAGAUAUAUAAUUAACUUCAAAAAUGGCUUCGGUUAGCUUCAAAUAUUGGGAUGAUUGUGUGGAUUCUCAUGAUCUGGAAGCCAUGUGGGUCGAUCCAGAUGUUAGAGCCGAAUGGCUUAACGCUGGAGAAACUAAGGGAUCAAAAGUUCACCUCUCACGUGAUCCUGAUGGUCAGCCUUAUCUAACACAAACAGAAAUGAAGGCAGUAGCAGGUAUUAUUGUCCGAAGGCAUUUUGUAUCGCACAUUGAUUCGGAUAUGCUUUGCGCUAUUGCUGAGCUUGAGAGUGACCGGCAGCUUCUUGCAACACGGUACAAUAAAAAGUCAAAAGAGAUUACUAUGGGAAUUAUGCAGAUUUUGCCAAAAACUGCAGACUGGUUGGUGAGUGAUUUGGGUUACCGAACAUAUGAGGUGGCAACGGAUUCAAAACUUCUUUACAAGCCUUUUGUAAAUGUAUAUCUUGGAGCUGCAUAUCUGAAGUGGCUGUCAAAUUAUGAAAAAAAAGAGAGAAGUGAAGAGUUCAUGGUGAGAGCUUACAAGGGUGGUACUAAGAAGGCAACUCAUAAGUCCACUUUGCCAUUUUGGAGAAGUUAUCUCUCUGUCAAACAGACCCUGCCAUCGAGGAAAAUCUUUGACGUCAAUCCUUUGCCCCCUUCAGUAUCUGCUUCUGGAAUUCCUGAAAAGAAAGGUCCAGUGAAUACAACGUGGGACUCUAGAACUUGUGCAGAAGACAUGGAAGAAAUGUGGAAUCAUCCCAGCGUGAGCAAGGAGUGGAGCAAGUCAGGGGAGAAAAGAGGCCAUGUACGGUUUUCUCAUGAUACUGAAAAGAGACCAUAUCUUUCUCGGGUAGAACUGAGGGCAGUUGCAGAAGUAAUUAUUUCAAAAUACUUCAGCACAAGAGGGCUGAAACCUACUGUCCUGUGUGCUAUUGCUGAGAUCGUGACCAUGCGUUUUGUUGAGGGAAUUGGACAGCGUACUGGAUUGAUGGGAAUUGACUAUCCCACAUCACGCUGGCUAUACAAGGACUUGGGCUACAAGGCAUACAAAGUGGAGUCUGUUGAGGAUCUUACAAAGCCAUUUGUUUCCAUGUACGUUGGCGCAGCCUAUGUGGCUUGGCUAUCAGAGUACGAGGGAAGAGAAAGGAGUCUCCAGUUUGUUGUCCAGGCUUAUCUUGCUGGACCCCAGAAUGUGAACCUGCAGGAGACCGGUCCUAUGUGGCUUAGAUUUGAGGAAGCACUAAGCCGUUAUGAAGAUUCAAGAAGGGAAGUAGCAGGUAGUUGCAAUAUUUUGUGAAGUUAUGGUAUAACCAAGUCCAAGUAUUUCACCAAAUCAUUGAAGGGUUGCUUAACAACAGAGAAAGGAAAUAUUUGCAACAUCACCAGUGCAAUGUACACAUUUCAUGCAAUCUUCUUUGUUCUUUCAUUGAUAUGUAAAUUUUCGUUGUAUGUAUAUGGGUAGGGGUGUCAAUGGGACGGUUCGGUCGGUUAUUUUAAAAAAAUUAUACCAUCCCAAUUCUUCGGUUA